GUGGGUCUGGCUGGGGGGCAGAGUGAGAGCAGCAGCAGCCGCCCAGGAUGGCCCGAGCCAAGCUGAAGAAGUCGCCCUCGGACAGCAAUGCCCACCGCAAGACCAUCCCUCCGCUGGCCACCACGGAGGAUGUCCCGGGGGUCAGCCCCUUGCUGCCCACCCGAAGACUGGGGUCGGUGGGGAGCGAACUCGGACACAGGCCACAUAAUGAAGAUUUCAGUAUGGAUUCCUCCCUUUCACAGGUUCAAGUCGAGUUUUACGUGAACGAAAACACAUUCAAGGAGCGCCUCAAGCUGUUUUUCAUCAAGAACCAAAGAUCCAGUCUGAGGAUAAGGCUCUUCAACUUUUCUCUGAAGCUUCUUACCUGCCUUCUAUACAUUGUCCGCGUUCUACUGGAUGACCCACAGCGGAUAGGAUGCUGGGAAUGUGAAAAGCACAAUUACACAAACUUCAACCAGUCCUCAACAGAAAUCAACUGGGCUCCUAUCUUAUGGGUGGAUCGCAACAAACCCUUGUGGGCAAUUCAGGUCAGUGUAGCAAUCAUUAGCUUCCUGGAGACCAUGCUCCUAAUCUAUCUCAGCUAUAAGGGAAACAUUUGGGAGCAGAUCUUUCGGGUUUCCUUUAUCCUUGAAAUGAUCAACACUGUGCCCUUCAUUAUCACCAUAUUUUGGCCUCGUUUGCGGAAUUUGUUCAUUCCUGUUUUCUUGAACUGCUGGCUGGCAAAGUAUGCCUUGGAAAACAUGAUUAACGACCUUCACCGAGCCAUCCAAAGAACACAGUCAGCCAUGUUCAAUCAGGUGUUGAUUUUGAUCUGCACCCUGCUGUGUCUUGUUUUCACUGGGACCUGUGGGAUCCAGCACUUGGAAAGGGCUGGUGAGAACCUCUCUCUCUUCAAGUCUUUUUAUUUCUGCAUUGUCACCUUCUCCACGGUGGGCUAUGGGGACGUCACCCCCAAGAUCUGGCCCUCUCAGCUGCUAGUUGUGAUCAUGAUCUGUGUGGCCCUGGUUGUGUUACCACUUCAGUUUGAGGAACUUGUGUACUUGUGGAUGGAACGGCAAAAGUCAGGCGGGAACUACAGUCGCCACCGAGCGCAGACAGAAAAACACGUUGUCCUUUGCGUCAGCUCAUUGAAGAUUGACCUGCUCAUGGAUUUCCUCAAUGAAUUUUACGCUCAUCCUAGAUUGCAGGAUUACUACGUGGUGAUCCUUUGUCCAACAGAGAUGGAUAUACAAGUGCGGCGAGUCCUUCAGAUCCCGCUAUGGUCACAGCGGGUGAUCUAUCUCCAAGGAUCAGCACUGAAAGAUCAGGAUCUCAUGAGGGCAAAGAUGGACAAUGGAGAAGCCUGUUUCAUCCUGAGCAGCCGAAAUGAAGUGGACCGCACAGCUGCUGAUCAUCAGACUAUCCUGAGAGCCUGGGCAGUAAAGGACUUUGCUCCAAAUUGUCCUCUUUAUGUUCAGAUCCUCAAGCCUGAGAAUAAGUUUCAUGUGAAAUUUGCUGAUCAUGUGGUUUGUGAAGAGGAAUGCAAAUAUGCCAUGUUGGCUCUGAAUUGUGUCUGCCCUGCAACCUCAACUCUCAUCACCCUCCUAGUUCACACCUCCAGGGGACAAGAAGGGCAAGAAUCUCCAGAGCAGUGGCAAAGAAUGUACGGGCGCUGCUCAGGCAAUGAGGUGUACCACAUCCGGAUGGGCGACAGCAAGUUUUUUAUGGAGUAUGAUGGGAAAAGCUUCACCUACGCAUCUUUCCACGCACACAAAAAGUAUGGUGUCUGCUUGAUAGGUGUGAGGAGAGAGGACAACAAGAGCAUCCUCCUCAACCCUGGACCACGGCACAUCAUGUCAGCAUCCGACACCUGCUUCUACAUCAACAUCACCAAGGAGGAGAACUCGGCCUUCAUAUUCAAACAAGAAGAGAAGCAGAAGAAGAAAGGGUUCUCUGGGAGGGGCAUCUAUGAUGGACCAUCAAGGUUACCAGUCCACAGCAUCAUUGCUAGCAUGGGCACGGUGGCCAUGGAUCUGCAGAACACAGAAUGUCGGCCUGCCAACAACAGCAAGCUCACCCUGCCGGCGGAGAACGGCUCAGGGAAAAGGAGGCCUAGCAUCGGCCCGGUCCUGGAGGUGGCCGACAGUUCUUCCCUCUUACCUUGUGAUAUGCUCAGCGACCAAUCAGAGGACGAGAUGACUCAGUCAGACGAUGAAGGCCUGACUGUUAUGGAGUAUGUGAAAGGGUACCCUCCCAAUUCGCCUUACAUUGGAAGUUCUCCGACGUUAUGCCAUCUUUUACCUGUCAAGGCUCCUUUCUGCUGCUUGCGCUUGGAUAAGGGCUGCAAGCACAACAGCUAUGAAGAUGCCAAGGCCUACGGCUUUAAGAACAAACUGAUCAUUGUUUCUGCUGAGACAGCUGGGAAUGGGCUCUAUAACUUCAUCGUCCCCCUCCGUGCAUAUUAUCGAUCACGGAAAGAGCUAAACCCCAUCGUCUUGUUGCUGGACAACAAGCCUGAUCAUCAUUUUCUGGAGGCCAUCUGCUGUUUCCCGAUGGUUUACUAUAUGGAAGGCAGUAUUGAUAACCUUGACAGUUUGCUGCAGUGUGGAAUAAUUUAUGCAGACAACUUGGUGGUGGUUGACAAAGAGAGCACCAUGAGCGCUGAGGAGGAUUACAUGGCUGAUGCCAAGACGAUUGUCAACGUCCAAACCAUGUUCCGGCUUUUCCCAAGCCUGAGCAUCAUUACCGAGCUGACACAUCCAUCCAACAUGAGGUUCAUGCAGUUCCGGGCAAAGGACAGCUAUUCACUGGCCCUUUCCAGGCUAGAAAAGAAAGAGCGGGAGAAUGGUUCCAACUUGGCCUUCAUGUUCCGGCUCCCGUUUGCUGCUGGGAGAGUUUUCAGCAUCAGCAUGUUGGACACACUGCUUUAUCAGUCAUUCGUCAAAGACUACAUGAUCACCAUCACAAGAUUGUUACUGGGCCUUGAUACCACCCCAGGUUCUGGCUACCUCUGUGCUAUGAAAAUCGCUGAGGAUGACCUGUGGAUCCGGUCAUAUGGGCGUUUAUUCCAGAAGCUGUGCUCCUCCAGUGCUGAGAUCCCUAUUGGCAUCUAUAGGACUGAAUCUCACAUGUUCUCCACCACUGAUCCUCAUGACAUCAGAACACAGUCACAGAUCUCAAUCAAUGUGGAAGACUGCGAGGACACCAAGGAAGUCAAGGACCACUGGAACACCAAGACAAGCCAUCACCGGAACUCUUGCCCAAGCGACCAAACUGAGCACCCUCUGCUCCGACGGAAGAGCAUGCAGUGGGCACGGCGGCUAAGUCGGAAAGGGACCAACAAGCAACCAGCCAAAACAGCCGAGUGGAUCAACCAGCAGAGGCUGAGCCUUUACCGGCGAUCAGAGCGGCAGGAGUUGUCAGAGCUGGUGAAAAACCGCAUGAAACAUCUGGGCUUGCCCACGACGGGGUACGAUGAAAUGAAUGACCAUCAGAACACCUUGUCGUACGUCCUCAUCAACCCACCUCCUGACACACGACUGGAACUCAAUGACAUAGUGUACUUAAUACGACCUGAUCCCUUGGCUCACGUGGAAAAUGAGACGCACAGUCGAAAGGGCAACUGUAGCAAGCGGGACCCAUGUACUCCUGAAACAAGAGAUGAAACACAACUCUGAGCCCUUCUCUCCUUUUGCACGGAACACAUCACCUGCCCCUCUUGAUAAUGCAUGGAACUAUAACAGAACCAACUAUAAACUGUGCCAAAGGGGUGGAAUCGUUUUCUACGGGGAUGUAUGAAGAACUCGGGAUCUCAAGGUUUACAAAGACAACCAAUUGGUUGUGUAACACAUGGUGCACUGAGACAUCACGUAUCCAAUCUGGAUUCAUAACUCUUGAAGGGCCUACAACUCAGAAUUAAAGGAUACCUAGUCUGAUGUCUUGCUUUUUAGUAAUUCUUUUUUUGUUUGGCGAGGGGGAAAGGGGAGGGUUGUUUAAAAACAUACCAUAACUAGUGACAACAUCUUUCUUGGGCAUGGAACGAAGGUUAUGAGCAUGCUGAAGAAGACUGUGCUGAUUUGGAGGCCUCAUCCAUCCAGCUCAGAAGCAAGGCUGCUGACUUGCCAAAGGAGCAAAAUGGCGAGACUGAACUUGAUGUGGCAUUGUGGAUGUUAUUACAGCGUGCUAGGUCUAUUGACUUUUCAUUGCAAAUGCUCUUUGGUGUGUGCGUGUUGCUAUGUUCUCUUAAAAGGCAGCUUGUUGGAACUCUCAGAGGAGAUAGGAGAGUUGGCUGUUGGCUGACAACGCUGGAUUCAUCUGCCCAGGUGGGAUCUUCCGGUCUUUAAAACAGAAGGACAACAGAAGAGUAGGCAAAUGAGCAACACUGAAGCUCAGAGUCUUGGGAAAACCUCUUUUGAGUGCUACGUCAGUCAAAUUAAAAACAGAUUUGUCAAACAUCCCGUGCCUACCACAGAAGGCUCAGAUUAUAAAAAUGGUGACUACAAGUCACAAUGAUA